AGAAAAUAAAAUAAUUAGAAGUCCAACAUUAUAUUAUGGCUUCAUUAACCAGUACUAAACCAGUUGGAAAGGGAAUGGAAAAUGGUUGUGAGCCAACGCCUAUGGAAAAGCAUGUCAUGUUCUUUGAUACCAACAAUGACGGCGUCAUUUAUCCGUGGGAAACUUAUCGAGGUUUUCGAAGAAUUGGAAGUGGAUUUCUCCUCUCAAUCGGUAUUACCAUUUUCAUUCAUGUUAUACUCAGUUCCAGAACUAGACCAGGAAAAUGGCCUUCUCCACUCUUCCCCAUUGUGGUUAAAAACAUUAAACAUGGCAAGCACGGUAGUGAUACUGGUGCAUAUGAUAGCGAGGGAAAGUUUGUUCCAUCAAAAUUUGAAGAAAUUUUCAAAAAACAUGCACGAAUUAAUCCCAACGCCUUAACGAGUGCUGAAGUGGACGAAUUACUUCGAGAUAACAGAGAACCUAAGGACUAUCUUGGAUGGAUUGGUGCGAUAUCUGAGUGGAAGGUUUUGUAUCUACUUGCCAAAGACGAUAAAGGAAUGCUCCCCAAAGAUAGAGUAAGAGGUGUUUAUGAUGGAAGCCUAUUUGAACAAAUGGCGAAGGACCACGCUUCAAAGCAAAAAGCGUAA